AUGUUCCGCCUCCAUCGUCAACCACCGGCUCCGGACGAGAUUUACUCCUCCAGUCUUCAGACAUUCCGCCUGGGCCAUGCACUCUGGUACCCGGAACCACAUGGGUCGGGCGAGCCACAGAUCGGCGACGUUGGAUUCAUACGCGAGGGCGCAUUCGUCAGGCUCUUCAAUCUAGAUACAACUACUCCCGAGAAGAAAGUAGUGUAUUGGGACCCGCCGUUCCAAGUCGCAGAGCCCUUACCCCCAGGCGUGCUCAAGACCGAUACCAGGCGUCGUCCGCUUGCUCCGGACCAUUAUUGCAGUCACGGAGUCCAGAGCAAGACACUAAGUGCAUCGGCAGAUAUAACGGCCGGCUCAGACGUAGCUGCGACUCUGAGUGCUAAAUACACGUGCAGCGCAUCGCAGGGCGCAGUUCUCGUGCUUGAAAGUGAAGCACAUGCCGAGUCGAUAUUCGACAACCGGGCGUUGAAGAAGUACAUCAUUCGACAUCACCAUACGUGGCACGCGUACGCCAGGAACGAUCUGUUCCGGGACAUCAAGGCGGAAGACAUAGUCAUGAUCAGCGGAUGGGUCAAGACCGAGGACGACUGGGUUGUCGCUGCCUUUGGCAACACGAGCACAAGUACCAGUGGCUCGGUUGAAGGUCGCGCCGGCGGCGUUGCGGGGCUCAAAGCGGAAGGGUCGCACACUAGCUCUGUGACGGGUGCGAAGAUGCACAGGCACGGCGAGCGCUACUUGGACAACGCGUCUGGUCUCCGUCCUGCAGAUGCAAAGAGGGACCAGAGUGUCUUCGUGAAGCGGCUCAAGGUGCGAAGGCGGCUCUUGGUCCUAUGGAAGGUUGUAGCAGGCGCGGGCUACGACUUGCUCCCUUAUCUAGGAGAUGCGAGAGGUGGUCCGGGCGAGGAAGGGACUAUGGUGCGAGGAUUGGAACAUCCCGAUGAAAUGGAUACUAUAGAGCUUUAUGAUGAGCUAUGUAUCCCAUUAGGACGAAUCACAGAGCGCAUCAGCUGA